AUGCACAUCAAGGCUUUGCUGGAAUUUCUGGCAGAAGAGAGCGAUCACGGUCUCAGUAUCGUAAGACAUGAGCAUCAAGUCAUUGACUGUCGUUUUACAUGUGUUCCAAUACUAAAACAUGCUGGCUGGCAGCAUGCUGUCUUGCAAAGACGCGAUACGAAAAGACUUCUUCCAACUGAUCGACAAUUCUACACCGCCCAAUCUAUCAUAUAUAGAGCUUUUCGAACUGCAAUUGAGAUAAUAUCACUCUUCAUUCAAGAAAAAUUCAUUGAUUCAACUGACCAACGGCACAACUUCUAA